UACUUUCAUUCCUUUUUGUUACAAAAUAUACACAGAUGAUAGUCCCAACAACAAAGUCAAUUAAGUAAUCUAUAUGCAAUGGAACCUUUAUAUAUUAUUAUUUAUUUCUUAGCAGAUGCCUUAAACCAGGGCAACUUUCAAUUGUUACAAGAUAUCACAUUAUUUUUACACACAAUUACAUUAUUAUUUUUUUUACACAUAAUUACCCAUUUAUACAGUUGGGUUUUUACUGAAGUAAUCUACGUAAAGUACCUUGCUCAAGGGUACAGCAGCAGUGUCCCCCACCUGGGAUUGAACCCACAACCCUCCAGUCAAGAGUCCAGAGGCCUAACCACUACUCCACACUGCUGCUCAGGAAACCAUAUCUUUAUCUGAUUCAAAAGAAAUCUGACAUCAAGCUGUUCUCUUACGCAAGCAAAAUGUCAACCAUGCAUGAGCUCACAGCACGGGAUCUGUUGUAAAUGUCAUCGCAGCCUUCCUGUUAUUUCUUGUACCUGGGAACCGUUGGAGGUCUCUGCUCUACAGCCCCUUGUCUGUGAACAUGUUUGAUUUGACUGGGUUUAAACGUCAAGGUACUUAGGGUGGGGAGCAGUAUUUGUUCAUACCCCAUUGUCAAAUGUUGGAGGGUGUGAAAUAUACACUGAAAGAAAUCAUAACUUGGUUGAAAUAAACCUGGCCUCUUCAUGAGGCAUUCUUGAGCUGUAUGAACUGGAAUUCAGUGUGAAGUUACUUCCCAAAACUAGUGGGAGGGUCCGACAUAUCUACUAGCUCAAUCAGUUCAUCAGCGUCCUUCUCUUCAACCUGCACAGGACAGGAGCUGCAUUGGAAACCUCUGCUGAGGAGAAUCUCACAGAACAGCACAUAUCUGACAAUGAGUCAGCCAGUCCUGGAUUCCCCAGCACUCUCCUCCUAUCAGCCUCCAGGAGAGCAUCUGAAGCCGAGGGCUCUGUGCUCUCCAGACUCCAGCCUGUCAUCCUGUUUCAAGGCCAGCGUGUCUGAGGCUGGUGGCUGGCAGGAAGGCUGCAGCCCUAAGCCUGCCUCCCUCCUCUCUGUCCUCCACCUCAUCCUGGUCUCUCUCCUGGGCAGUGCCAUCCUCCUGUCCGAAAUGUCCCACCACCUUCCCCACAGCCCCCGGGUGCACGGGUUCCUCAUGGUCCUAAUGCUAGCCAGCUCUGCCUGGAUGCUGUGCUUUGGCUGGCAGUUGAGGAAGACGGAGAAGAACAGACUCAAUGUGGACCAUAAUGCCGGAGCGAGCUGGCUUAAGGCUGGGCUGGCUCUCUUCGCCCUGGCCACACUCAUCCUGGACUGCUUCUACUUUGGAUACUACAGGGAGAUCCUGCACUGCACCUCCCCCCUGAUGAUAGCCUUUCCCCUGGUGCAAGCUGUUUUCACAGUCACACAGGUUUCCUUCCUGUCUUCGUUUGCUAAAGUCUGCAUUCAGGAUUGGUGCUGUCUGCACAGGGUCGGUUUGAUGAACUCCUUGGCCACGAACCUGCUGCUCUGGAUGAAUGUGGUGCUGGACGAGUCCACCAAGCAGCUCAAGGAACUCAGGAGCAUCUACACGGAGGAGCAGCAGGACUCAGCACAAAACACAACUCUGUCAAACAGCUGUGCCUGCACCACAGACCUUUGCCACAUCUUCCGCGAUGGAGCUGUCCACCUGCACCCUUUCAACAUUGAGUUCAGCCUCUUCUCCUCCACGAUGCUUUAUGUGCUGUGGAAGAACAUGGGCAGAGUGCCCAGCAGCCUUGGACCCCAGGCGAGGACAAGGCGACCAGCCUUCCACAUCAGUGCCAUCUUCCCUGGGCUGCUCUUGGGCUCUCUGGUCCUCUCCGCCACCUUUGGUUGCAUGAUUGUGUUCGGUGUCUUCUUCAAAGCCAAGGACACCCUUCCCCGUGCCCUGCAGAUCUACUACACCUUCAGCCUGAUUCUUCUCUGCUUGAUGCUUCUGUCUUCCUCCGCAGGGACGCUCGUCUACAGGCUCCAGAAGAGAUCAUCCUUCACCUUCAGGACCGAAAACGUGGUGAGAAACCUGGAUGUGGCUCUCCUGGUGGGCUGCUCUUGUGGUCCUCUGGCCGUUUGCAUUUUUUCAAUGACUGCCAUCUUCUUCACUGGAUCCUUGAGGUCUCUGAACAGUCUGGACCUGUUCUUCUCCCUCUUUAAAACACUCCAGGUGUUGGGGCAGAACCUGUUUAUCUCUGAGGCUCUCUUCUCUGGGCCUGAUGAAAGACACUCCAUUUCCCAACACCCCACUGCUCAGUUUGUACUCGCAGGGGCCCUAAACAAAUCCUUUGACAGCGAAAGCCAGUGUGCUGUCUGGUCAACGAUGGAGAGCAGCAUGCAAGUGCAGAUGGAUGAGGAUGAAAAAAGUAGAGUCCUCAAGAUGCACGAUUCUCCUCACAUGGGAGCAGCAGCAUUUCAAAAGCCCUUCUUGUUCACCUCCAGAAGACGUGGCAGAGCUAAGAUCAUGCAAAACAUCUUAGUCUUCUUACUUCUCUGUAACAUAGCUGUGUGGAUCCUGUAUGUCUACGGAGCCCGCCCCCAUCUGGUCAGUGAAACAGAGCAGAAUUUCUAUGGCUUCACCCUCUGGGCGACGGUGGUCACCUCCUGCCUGCCUCUGGGCAUCUUCUACCACAUACACUCCGCAGCCAGUCUCUUCGAAGUGUACUGCAAGUCCCAGCUGGACUGAUCGCAUUCAUGUACCCCAGCAUUUGGGAUAUAAAAGCUCUGUUUCUCCCUUUUUUCUUUCUUAUUUUUGUAAUAGUGCCAGGAAUUGAAAGACAUAUAUGCAAACAUGGGCUUUAUUGUCCAUGAACAAGUUUGACUAGUAGUGUAUCACUUCCCAAAUAGAAGUUCACUGUGCUGUGGUCAAGAAGAUUGGAACACCAGGUGUACUUACAGAAAUAUGCCACAAGGUGGCAGUAUAACCUUCUUUCAGUAUGAUGUUAAA